GCCGCGUCAGCUAGUGUGUCGGCACCUUUAAGUUUACAGCCACAGAUUAAAUUAAAAAAAUCUACACUCACAGAUUAUAUGCAAAAAAGUUCAGACUUUGACAUUGACAGUUCCUUCUUUUUGUCAAAAGUAUUCUUUCAACAUGGCUCGCGGCCCCAAGAAGCACUUGAAGCGCCUGAACGCGCCGCGCGCAUGGAUGCUGGACAAGCUCGGCGGCGUGUACGCGCCGCGGCCCAGCACGGGCCCGCACAAGCUGCGCGAGUGCCUGCCGCUCGUCAUCUUCCUGCGCAACCGCCUCAAGUACGCGCUCAGCGGCAACGAGGUGCUGAAGAUCGUGAAGCAGCGCCUCAUCAAGGUGGACGGCAAGGUCCGCACCGACCCCACCUACCCGGCUGGAUUCAUGGAUGUUGUGUCGAUUGAAAAGACCAAUGAGCUGUUCCGUCUGAUCUACGACGUGAAGGGACGCUUCACCAUCCACCGCAUCACUCCCGAGGAGGCCAAGUACAAGCUGUGCAAGGUGAAGCGCGUGGCGACGGGCCCCAAGAACGUGCCGUACAUCGUGACGCACGACGGCCGCACGCUGCGCUACCCCGACCCGCUCAUCAAGGUCAACGACUCCAUCCAGCUCGACAUCGCCACCUGCAAGAUCAUGGACAUCAUCAAGUUCGACUCAGGUAACCUGUGCAUGAUUACGGGAGGGCGUAACUUGGGGCGAGUGGGCACCAUCGUGUCCCGCGAGAGGCACCCCGGGAGCUUCGACAUCGUCCACAUCAAGGACACCACCGGACACACCUUCGCCACCAGGUUGAACAACGUGUUCAUCAUCGGCAAGGGCACGAAGGCGUACAUCUCGCUGCCGCGCGGCCGCGGCGUGCGCCUCACCAUCGCCGAGGAGCGCGACAAGAGGAUCGCCGCCAAGAUCUCCCACUCGUAGUGGGAUUAUUAAUAUAAGACUUUAAAUCUA